AUGGAACCAAUCACUUUUGCGUUGGAGGAUCAGCCUGAGACCGGGGAUACGGGGAUGGAGGCUCUGGUAGUUACGAUUGAUAUCAUGGGAGUGGAUGUACAGAGGGUGAUGGUUGACACCGGAAGCAGCGUGAACGUCCUUUACCUGGACAUUUUUGAGAAGUUAAAGCUCGAUCUCCGAGAAUUGACUCCGGUCGGGGCGCCUUUGUCUGGAUUUACCGGGGACACUAUCCACCCCGAAGGAAAAAUCAUCCUCCCGGUUGAAUUGGGGACUCCUCCCAAGUCGGUUAGGACGCAGAUGGAGUUUGUCGUGGUCAACCUUCGUUGCGUCCAUAAUGUUAUCCUGGGCCGCCCUGCAAUCAUGAGGGUCGGGGGAAUUAUAUCCAUGCCCCAUCUCUGCAUGAAGUUCCCCACCUCGGCCGGGGUCGGAGUGUUGCGCGGCGACGCCCAGUCAGCUAGAAAGUGUUAUUCCCGAUCAGUUAACCGACGAGAUUCAGGCUCCUCAGGAGUGAAUACCAUCACCAAAGACGCUGGAAAAGACCGAAAGGAGCAACCUGAGCCUUCAGAGGAAAUAGAAGAAGUCCCCCUGUCAGAAGACCGACCUGAACGGAAAGUCAAGAUCGGUCGAGCCUUGACCCCCGAGCUUCGAUUGGAGGUCUUAGCAAUUCUUCAGGAAUUCGCCGAUAUAUUCGCGUGGGGCCCGAAGGACAUGCCCGGGAUUGACUGCACCGUGAUAUGCCAUCGAUUGGCCGUAGACCCUGCCGCGAAGCCGGUCAAGCAAAAGACCAAACACUUGUCCUCGGACCGCAGGGAGUUCGUACGGGAGGAAGUAAAAAAGAUGGCCGCAAUCGGGCACAUCCACCCGGUCACCUAUCCCGAAUGGGUGGCCAACAUAGUACUGGUUCCCAAGCCACCAUAUUGGAGGAUGUGCAUCGAUUUCACUGACUUAAAUAAAGCGUGCCCUUUGGACCCAUAUCCGUUACCGAGCAUUCAUCAGAUGGUGGAUGAAACGGCGGGGGCGGAAUUGAUGAGCUUUAUGGAUGCCUUUAUAGGCUACCACCAGAUCAUGAUGAGUCAUGAGGAUGAAAGUAAGACGUCGUUCGUCACGCCCGAUGGCUUGUAUUGUUACCGAGUUAUGCCGUUCGGUCUGCGAAACGCAGGGGCCACAUAUCAACGAAUGAUCAACAUGUUGUUCGAAGACCUGUUGGGCGGAACCAUGGAGGCAUACAUUGACGAUAUGCUUGUUAAGAGUCGGGAUCGAGCGGAUCAUACUCGGGACCUCCGGCAAUGUUUUCAGAUCAUGCGGACGUAUCAGUUACGUCUAAACCCUACUAAGUGUACAUUUGCAGUUCAAACGGGAAAGUUUCUGGGCUACAUGAUGACUAAGCGAGGGAUCGAGCCCAAUCCGGCUAAAGUAAAAGCGAUCCUUGACAUGCAGCCGCCCACGACCGUCCGAGAAGUACAUCAGUUGACCGGUAGAUUAGCAGCUUUGAGCAGAUUCCUCUCUAAACUGGCGGAACGGGCUCUGCCUUUCUUCAAAGUGUUGCGUAAGGUCAAUGGGUUUACUUGGGAUGAUGAGUGCCGAUCGGAUUUCACGAACUUGAAAAAUUAUUUGAUGUCCCCGAUCGUGUUAUCCAAACCCGAACCAGGGGAAGAAUUAGAUGUUUAUUUAGGAGUGUCCGAUCGAGCGCCAAUCGGGGCUGUCCUUCGCAACGCUUCUUCCUCCGAACGCCUAGUGAAAUGGGCGUUGAUGUUGACCCAUUUCGCCAUGGAAUACCGACUGCGCCCAGCUAUCAAGGGUCAAGCCUUGGCGGAUUUUCUCGUAGAAUGCACCGCUCGGGAUACUCAACCUCAAAGUUUGGAAAAUCCUGAAGCGGCAUGGUGGACGCUGGCCACUGAUGGAUCGAGCAGGAAGAAAGGAGCGGGCGGAGGAGUAGUAGUCACGAGCCCGGAAGGCUUCAAAGUUUAUUACGCCCUGAUGUAUCAGUUCACCCCCACCAACAAUGAGGCAGAAUAUGAAGCGUUCAUCAAUGGAUUACAAUUUGCUCAGGACCUGGGGGCUGACUACAUCCGAGCGCAAACAGAUUCCGCCCUGGUGGUCAGGCAAGUACUCGGAGAAUAUGAGGUUAAUGGUGAGCGACUUCAAUCUUAUCGGGAUCUAGCAAUGGAAAAACUUAAUCUGUUCCGAGCGUAUGCUGUCCAGCACGUUCCCCGCUUGGAUAACGCUGAUGUAGAUAUCUUGUCCAAGUUGGCACAAGAUGCCCCCAAGCACAUUUCCAAGAUUGCUCGAAUCUUAAUGAUUCCGAGGCAUAGCAUCCAUCGGCUAUCGGUCGUCCCAGUCCAACCGGCCGAAGAGACUUGA